AUGUUGGAUAAGUUGCUUGCUAAGUUCAUCUUGUUGGAUAAUAUCGAUGUCGGGAUUGUGUGGAGGCCAUUCUUCAUUGACUUUGUGAAUGCUGUGGCUGAACAUGGUUCCCAUUAUAAGUUGCCGUGUCAUUCAGUAGUCAAAACAAAGUUAGUGCCUGAUUUAGAAAAGGAAAUUGAGUAUGUGGCAAAUGUGAAGAAAUCCUGGAAUAGAACCGGCUGCACACUUAUGUCUGCAAUUUGGUGUGAUAAGGGUAUAUCCUUCAUUAACAUCUUUGCCUAUUCAAUUGAAGGGAUGGUACUAUUAACUACAGCCAAAAUCCUCGAAGGUGAGGUGACAAGCACUUUGCUACGGAACAUUUUAUGUUCUGUCACUCAAGAAAUGGGGCCCAGCAGCAUGGUGCAGUACAUAACCAACAGUACUCAAGAUGAAGGGUUUUAUGAGGAUAUGCCCAUUGGCAAUUAUCCCCAUGUGUAUCAGACUUAUUGUGUUGCCCAUGAAAUAUAUUUACUCCUUGAGGAUAUUUACAAUCAUAUCAAAUGGGUUCGAAAGGCAUUUGAUCAAGCAAGAGCAGUUGUCACUAAGAUUCACAAGCAUGAUGUCAUCUUAUCAUCGAUGAAGCAGUUCACAAACAAUUGGGAGUUAAAACAAUCUUCAACAACCAAAUUUUACUCAAACUAUCGUAUGCUCCAAUCAAUCAUGGAGGUUGAAAGUGAGCUGCGAUUGCUUGUUUCAUCAUCUGAGUGGCCUUCCUUUGGUUUUGACAAGGAUGAAUCAGCUGUGGAAAUGGCACAUGAGGCUAUUAGACAAACAUACGAGACUAAUGUAGAUAAGUAUCAGACGUUAUGGGAGAUUUUUAAGCUACGACAAAGUCGUAUCAUUCAUCCACUACAUGCUGCUGCAGCUUUUCUUAACCCUGCUUACAUGUGUAGCAAAAAGUUCAAAGAGAAUGAUGCAAUGAAAGAGGGCAUAAAUUUCAUAGUGGAAAAAUUGGUAGGUGGUGAAGAAAAGGAGAAAUUUGUGCAAGAAAUGAUGUUUUAUCGUGACAAAGUGCCAAAGUUGUUCACUUGUACAGCAAUGGCGAUGUUAAAAACAUCUCACCCGUGUAAGCAUCUAUUGGGACUGGUGGGACUAUUGUGGCGAUGUCCUUCCGGUAUUGAAGAAGUAUGCGAUUCAAAUCCUAAGCCAACCCUGCAGCACCUCGUUCUGCUGGCAGAGUUUUUUUCAUUUGAAACUGCUCAAAAUGAGAGGAGGAAGCCAUUGAUGACUGCAGCGACGGACACUUAUCCAUAUUUGAGGACAAAUUCAUUACUGAUGGAGAGUUUCAACACGAUGAAAGGAAAAAUUAGGAAGCCAGUUGAUCUUGAGAAACUCAGUGAACUUCCUGAUUGGACAGAGUAUAUCGAUGAGAUGUUUCCUCAUGAUUCAUUGAAUGAGAACAAAGUUCCUUUCUCUGGUGGAAAAUUAAAUUGUUGGUAA